AUGCUCGGGAUCUUCCUGGGCUUCGCUCAGAUUCACGCCGACAGCAUCCCCGACGGCAUCCUACCCAAGGAUAAGAGGCAGGUGGUUGGAACUGGAGGCACCACAACUACCGCCAUGUCAACUUCAGAGGCCUCAACUUCAGAGGCCUCAACUUCAGACGCACCGACUACCAGUGCGACAAGCGCGUCGCCAACGACUCAGGCUUCAUCCACCCCGGCUUCAUCCACCCAACAGACAACGACGCCGACGUCGAAUUCGCCAUUGAGCAACUCGCCCACUUCCGCCUCUCCCACAUCUGCUAGCACAUCUGCCAGCUCGACUACUGCUCAGAAUUCAGCGACUUCGUCCCCCGCCUCGUCGUCAGCAGCGCCGACAUCAACCGUCCCGACGACCAUCGAAGUCGUUACUACCAACUCAGAUGGAUCGACGACCACACAGCGAAUCACGACCUCAACCGUGGAGGUGCAGUCGUCGGCCAGUACGACACCGGCCAGCGAUCUUGUGGUGGUAGGCUCUUCAACCAUCAACCGUUCCACCCUUUCCAAGGCGACCACAAUCACGUCUGCUCUCGUUGCGUCGGAAACCGUACCAACCACUACUACCUCUUUCUGGACCAGCGAUGGCACCGCUUACAGCUCCAUCAUCACCACUGACCGGGUGGUUGCGAGCACGACGGGCUACGCGACGCAGACCGUCAGCCCUUCGCUUCAGAAUGGCGGAUCAUCCAGCAGCUCCAUCAGCGACUCGUCGAAGAAGAUCAUUGGAGGCGUGGUGGGCGGUGUUGGAGGUGCCAUUCUGAUCGGCGGUCUGGCGAUUGUCGCAUGGAGGCUAUGGGGCAAGAAGAAGAGGCAGCAGCUCCCACAAGACGACUUUGUGGAUGGCUCUCAGAACGACAGCAUUCACAAGGAGAGCCGCAUCGCUUCCGGCGACGGUCUGGAGCGAUACCACAAUCCGAACGGCGGAGUCAACACUGCAAGCAAUUUCUAG